AUGGUUUAUAACAUAGCAGAAAGAGGUUGCGAACCUUACAUAGUCCAAGUGCGUAACAUGAGAAGCGUAAUUCACAGUUUUGCUAGAACCUCUCGCCGAGCGAUAACGAGAUACUCCAAGAAAUUCUUGUAUCUCCCAGUGACACUUGAAGAUGAAAUUCCAUCUUUAGAAAAUGUAUUCUCUAUGAAAGAAAUGAAUUACAUGCCUGAUUUAAUCGUUGCAAGAUUUGUAAACGCUAAAAAACGAUCAGAUUUAAUUCAACACAGGUAUGAAAAUAUGAUUUCCAAAAACAAACAUUACGAAAGCAACGGUAUCUUGAAUUCGAGCACUGAUAUUACAAUUAAAUUCAUAGGAGACCGACAUGAGAAGAAGCAGUCAGAAGUACCUUCUAAUAAUACGACAAUGGCAGCGAAAUGUUUCAUUCAGUGGGGCAUGGAAGGCAAACUGGCAAACAGAUUUAUUAACCUGUGCCAUGCAAGUAAUCUAAACAGGAUACCGCAGAAUGUAAGUGUAAUAGAGAUCGUAACUCUGAAGUUCGUGGGUCAAACUCCUUCACGUGAGAUCGUAUUGGACGCCUGGAUUACCGACUGCCAGAAUACUGGUUUUCUUACACGCACUAAUUUGUUCCCAAACAAAAUUCGGAACCUGGAAGGCAGGAAAGUGAAUGUCAUUACAUUUAACUAUGUGCCAUUUACUGUUAUUACUCACGAUAAAGAAAAAUCGACCGUUUAUGACGGCUUUGAAAUGCGGACGUUCAUCGAAUGUGCAGAGAAACUUAAUUUUACUUGGAAGCUUGUCCUGGAUGAAGAAAAUCUCUGGGGAGCUGUUUGGUCUAACGGCAGUGGCAAUGGUGUAGUAGGUAUGGUAGCAGAGGACCAGGUAGAUGUUGGCUUUGCAGGCCUGUACUAUUGGUAUUCAACAUUUCUCUGGACAGACUACACGACUGCACUUUCAUCCUCUGGAAUAACCUGCCUGGUCCCAAAACCCAAGUUGUUACCAUCCUGGAUGUCACUAUGGUUACCAUUUUCUGCAGUCAUGUGGAUUGCUGUAGGUGUAUCCAUUCUCAUCAUAACAGUGGUCUUCUACACACUUGCUAAAGCUUCAAACAAAUGUCUGGGGGGAGCUAUACUGAAUUCAUAUGCCACAUGGAUCAACUGCUUCUUGACUACAAUGGGGAUGUUUGUUCUUCAGUCUCCACCAGAGCCUCAAGAUGCCAGUCACAGACCAAUAAAAGGCUUUGUUAUAAGUCUGCUCAUCUUCUUUCUCCUUGUUUCAAGUGUGUAUAGUGGAGGCCUUGCUUCAAUUCUCACUGUUCCCAGAUAUGAACAUCCAAUAGAUACAGUGAAGGAACUUGCAGAUAGCAAUCUUCCAUGGGUUAACAUUCAUGAGGCCUGGGUGUGGUCCUUGCUGGACUCUGACGAUCCCAUCUCGAAGACACUUGUGCACAAUUUCCAGGUCCUCACUGAGGAGGAGAUGACAGAGCUGUCAACACAAGGGGAAACAGCAUUCCCCCUUGAGAAAUUCGCCAGUAAUCAUUACUCUGUGCCAGCUCACAUUAAUGAGACAGCCAUCCAGACACUGCGUAUCAUGAAGGAAAUGAUGUAUGGCAGUCACAUUACAAUUGCCACCAGAAAAUCUUCUCCAUAUAAAGAAAGCUUCAAUCAAAUAAUCAGCAGCCUCUAUGAGACAGGCAUAAUGCUCUUCUGGGAGGAACAGAUGACCGAGAGAUACAUGUCACGGCGCCUUCAGAUUGCUAUCAAGCAGAGUGUUAUUCUCAGCAACAAAGAGGGACCCACACAGCUUAUGGUUGACCACCUACAAGGGGCUUUUGUAAUACUAAGCCUUGGUCUUGCUCUAGCUACAGUUGUGUUCACAGCUGAAAUGGCGUACAGUACAAUUAAACGCCACCAUGAAAGGUUUAAAGACAAAUUCAGGUACAGUGAUUAA